AUGAGCGUUGGGGCUACUGUGGUCGCGCUAUCCAGCACUCUGUAUACCUCUGGUAUCCCUGGCCUACAGGAGGAGUUUGGCAUAUCAAAACUAAAGGCUCUUUUUGGUAUCACCACCUACCUGCUUGGCAUGGCUAUUGGAUGCGUCCUAUUUGCACCAUUGAGCGAACUCGUUGGUCGGCGCCCAGUGUAUCUCGUCUCGUUGACGAUAUUUCUCUUACUCCUUCUGCCAACCGCGCUGGCGCAGAACAUUGAGACGAUUCUCGUGAGCAGGUUCUUUGGUGGGCUUUUUGGCAGUGCCUUGAUGUCGAACUCGCCCGCCUCUAUUAGCGAUAUUGUAUCUGACAAGCAUAGGCCUUUGGCAUUCGGCUUCUUAUCCAUUGGCCCUAUGAACGGCCCAGUUUAUGGUCCAAUCAUUGGCGGUUUUGUCUAUCAGUAUAUGGGAUGGAGGUGGACCAAUUGGAUCGUGCUUAUUAUCGGAGGAGCCGUUUUAAUUCUGAUGAUCUUCAUUAAGGAAACAUAUGCCCCAGUUAUCCUAAGACGGCGCACAAAGUUGAAGAGGAUUGAAACACAAAAUCGCAAGUGGUGGACACGCUACGACCAUGCACAGGACUUGAGGUCUUUGCUACAAAUUAGUCUAAGCCGGCCAUUUAUAAUGCUUCUAACUGAACCAAUCUGUAUAUUUUGGGACAUAUACGUUGCACUCGUCUAUGGCGGACUCUAUCUAUGCUUUGUUGCCUAUCCGAUCGCAUUCCAACAAGAACGCGGGUGGUCCCCCGGGAUCGGCGGCCUUUCCUUUGUCGGGAUCGGAAUCGGCGUUUACAUAGCGAUUGCUUGCGAGCCAAUAUUCCGCCGACUGAUCAACCACCACCAAAGAUCAGAGGAUGGCAGGGUACCGCCAGAGGCAACGGUCAGCAUCGUCGGCCUCGGGGGCACACUUAUUGCCAGUGGACAGUUAUGGUUUGCUUGGACUUGUACACCGAACGUUCACUGGCUUGUCUCUAUUGUAGCUGGUGUUCCUUUUGGAGCUGGCAACGCAUGUGUCUUCAUUUACGCCAGUAACUAUCUCGCCCGUUCCUAUGGAAUAUAUGCUGCAUCUGCACUUGCCGGGAAUAUGUUUACGCGCAGUAUCAUGGGAGCUUGUCUUCCGCUUGCCGGGCCGUCCAUGUACGGUACUCUGGGCUUGCAUUGGGCCGGCACCCUUCUUGGACUUGUCGAGGUUGCGUGUAUCGCUAUUCCGGUUGUGUUUUACUUUUAUGGCCACAAGAUUCGAGAAAGGAGCCCUCUUAUCAAAAAGAUGCAAGUGCCUGUACUUUGA